CCAAUAGUUAGUGAACUAUUUCAAAACAAAUUGUGACAGUGUUAAAAGUCUAGUAGAAGAAAUGUUAAUAAAUAAGGAAAAUUUCCCCUACAGAAUGGGAUUAUCGCCGUUGUACUUCCUUCCACCAUCAGUGAACGUGACAAAUGAGCGGCUUGGAUACUUUCCAGUAACUCCACCAUACCAUCAACCGUACGAUUACGUACUACCGGCAAUGCAAUCGCCACCGCAGACUGCCCCAGCGGUACCGACUUCGGCAUCCUCGUCCACGGUCGAGAACGGCCAAUCGCUCUAUUUCUACAUGAAUGCAGCUGGAAAGGAGGAAAUUGCAUCGGUGCCAUUAUCGCCACCGCACACACCACCGCUUCUGUACGCAACCCACAGCAGCACAAGUAUCCUAACCGGAAAUGGUACCCACGGGGGUAGCAGCAUUGAUGCAGCAGCCCUUCGGCCCAUCAAUGUGAACACCAAUCAAUACGGAUUAUCCGAUCUACGGCUGGCAGACAGUGGCCAUGCUAAUGGCGCGGGCUAUUUCAAUCGCAAGGACACCGGCGAUGGCACCGACGGAUGCAGAAGUGGUGACACUAAUAGUGAAAAUAAUAAUAAUAACAAUAUCGGUAGUGGUGUCGGCACCGACGAACACUUAUUCCGGCCGCGAAACUCCGUCAUCAUGAAGGUGGAAAACCAGCAGGUCGUGCCACUGCUGGAACAGAAAACCGCCCGGGCAAUGGAGGAGUUUGUGUGCCGAUGGGAGAACUGCUACUGUGUGUUCUUCAAGCUGGAGGAUCUUGCAACUCACGUUACGCAAAAACACGCGGUUGUCGGCCUUGCAGGAUUAUACUAUUGUCGUUGGGAGAACUGUCUGCGUAAGGAUCGAGGCUUUAAUGCACGUUACAAGAUGCUGGUGCACGUUCGGACCCACACCAAAGAAAAACCACACCGUUGUGCCAAGUGUGGAAAAUGUUUUUCGCGGGCGGAAAACUUAAAAAUUCACUUGCGGUCACAUUCAGGCGAAAAGCCGUAUGUUUGUCCAGUAGAGGGCUGUAAUAAGGCAUACUCGAACUCAUCGGAUCGUUUCAAGCACACCCGUACGCAUUCUACCGAUAAGCCGUACGUGUGCAAGGUACCGGGCUGCCUCAAACGUUACACCGAUCCGUCAUCAUUGCGUAAGCAUGUCAAAACCUUCAAACACCUGAAUAUGCUAGUACCGUCGGAGUCCGAUUGUAGUCCCCAUCAUCAUAUCCAUAAUCAUGACCUGCAUCUAGCCACGACUUCCUAUUACUCGCAUUACGGCAACAACAGCAACAUCGAAAGCCCGACCAAGAUGGCUAGCGAUAACUCCUACACUGAUGAUAGCCGAGUCUCCAGCAGCAGCAGUAGUAGUACCACUACCACAAAUAUGACCAGUAGUCCCGAAUUAGGUGGCAGCGAGGAUAGCAACGUGCUAAUUGAUGUCGUCAGUGACGACAAGUGUGAUGAAAAACUAAUUUUCACUGAUUAUAAUUUCUACCGGGACCGGAGCCCGCUGGCCAAAUGGCCAUCAGUACGUUAUCGAAGUCGUUCGGCUUCACCGCCUUGGCCGGAUACGCAUCGUGCCUUGCAGUCGGAUGAAGGCAGUGGCGAAGAGUACGAGUAUGGCUGCCUCAUCGAGCCUUACGAUCGAAGCUGCCCGAGGAGAGGUUAUGCCGUGCCGGUCGUGCCUGCCACUGUAGAUGAGUUGCCGACGGUAGUCGAAGAUGACGAUUUAUGCAGUGCGGUUCAACGAUUGAAUGGAGGGAAGAGAUUGACGGAGCUGGACACCGUCAUGGAAGUGGACUUACCGUUGGAUCUCAGCGUACAUCAUCGAUAGAGCUCGAUUUGGGUUUCUUUUUCUAAGUUUGUGUUCGUUUGACAUACCUACUGUUGUCAAGUAUAGCUGUUAGUCAUCAUAUUUUGAUAUUCUGUGUCCUUUGUUUUAAUAUGUGAUUUCCCGUGAACUAAUCAGAGCAAUCCGAGCAAUUUCACUUAUAUUUGCUUACCAAAUGGAAUGAGAUUCUUUUACAUGUUUA